GCACCUCACGAUCCCCGGGCUCCUCCUUCUUUUUGUUUGCAUGGAUCUCCACGUGAGAGCGCUUACGUAAAAUCUGCUCUGGACCAAUCAGAGCUCGCUCGCGGGGACCGGAACUCGUGUUCCAUUGUGAUAGCGACGAUGAAGCACAGCUCGAACGUCCCGGCGUUCCUCACCAAGCUGUGGACGCUGGUGGAGGACGCGGACACCAACGAGUUCAUCUGCUGGAGUCAGGAGGGCAACAGCUUCCUGGUGUUGGACGAGCAGCGCUUCGCCAAGGAGAUCCUGCCCAAGUUCUUCAAGCACAACAACAUGGCCAGCUUCAUCCGGCAGUUGAACAUGUAUGGGUUCCGUAAGGUGAUGCACAUGGAUACGGGGGUCGUGAAGCAGGAGAGGGACGGACCGGUAGAGUUCCAGCACCCUUACUUCAAACACGGACAGGACGAUUUGCUGGAAAACAUCAAGAGGAAGGUGUCCAACACUCGGCCGGAGGACAAUAAAAUCCGACAGGAAGACCUGACCAAGAUUUUAGCCACGGUCCAGAACGUCCACUGCAAACAGGAGAACAUCGAUGCCAGACUGGCUACACUGAAGAGGGAGAACGAGUCUCUGUGGAGGGAGAUCUCCGAGCUGAGGCAGAAGCACGUCCACCAGCAGCAGCUCAUCAAGAAGCUCAUUCAGUUCAUCGUCACGCUGGUUCAAAGCAACCGCAUCAUUAACCUAAAGCGUAAAAGGUCAAUCCUCAACGGAAACGGCAAAAAGCCUAAAUACAUUCAUGAGAUCUUUGAUGACAAAGUGUAUGUUGACCAGACGCCUGUCAACGGUCGGAACGGUGUGAAGGGAUCGGAGGUUUCAGACGACGUGGUCAUCUGUGAUUUGACAGAGAGUGACACCGACGGGACAGCAGAGGUCGCCGAGAGUCCACCUCACACCUUUGAGCCCAGUGAGGUGGAGAUCGUGGAGGUGGACCUGGACAGCUGCGGGGUUCUGCCGGCUGAGGCGGAAGUGAGCGCAGAGGAGCUCCGACAGACGGAGGUCGAGGAGGUGGAAGAGGUCCCCGAUAUCACAGCGGUGACGGACACCAUCCAGCGGAGCAGCUCUACGGACAGCAACGCCCUGCUGCUCAACAAACCCUCCAGUUUGAGUCUGGAGGAUCCCGUAAAGAUGAUGGACUCCAUCAUGAACGAGAACGGAGCGAUCUCCCAGAACAUCAACCUGCUGGGAAAGCUGGAGCUCAUGGACUAUCUGGACAGCAUCGACUGCAGUCUGGAGGACUUUCAGGCCAUGAUCUAUGAGAAACAGUUUGGUGUUGAUUUCGAGGAGAGCGUGUCGGCUAAGGACAACAACACAGAGCCGGUCAGAAGCAAGACAGAGAAGGCCAACACAGAUAAGCAGCUCAUCCAGUACACCUGCUGCCCCCUGCUGGCUUUCCUUGAUGGCUGCGCCCCUCCUCCAGAUCUGGACGUGGGCUCCAACACUCCAGUAGGGUCAGACUUAUGCUUGCAGACCCCCUCCAGCCCCGGCGGCGUUGUGGAGCUGCCCUCAGAGCUGCUGGAUCCUGCCGAGGAGCCCAAGAAGGUGGGCCGCAGCUCCCUGAUCCGCUUGGAGCCGCUGACCGAGGCGGAGGCCAGCGAGGAGACGCUUUUCUACCUGUGUGAGCUGAGUCCUGCCCCACCUGAGGCUGACUCCGCCCAACUGAGCCAAGUAUGAGCAGAUCUGCUGGACGUCGCCCUGCUGGGAUCAGAUCCCGCUUUGACUCUGUGCCCCCUCCUCCACUCCCUCAGCACUUAUCAUCAGCUCAAAUGAGGGAGGAGCCCCUCACCACAAAGUUUUUUUUAUUCCGAUUGCUACCUGUGUUCUCGUGAAAUUUCUGUGAGACGUAGAGAUGAGGAGCAGACUUAAGUCAUCACCACAGGAGGAAGAUGAAGCCCAUUUUUUCUUCCUCUCUGCCCAUAUUUGGUCCAAAACCACAAAAACCCUCACCUUGUACAUACAUUUAUUUAUACCCACUUGUGUUUGUAUUUUGUUAAAUUUCCUUCCAAAGCUGACAUUUCAUAAAGCAGCAUUCCUACAGAAGAGAGGAGUUUGCUUCAAACUGCUGUGCAGCAGCUUUGCUCAGGUUCUGCAGUCGCUCUGCCUGAAGCCCAUCCAUGCACAAACACUGCAGAGCUGCAGCGGGAGGGAAGGGAAGGGAAAUCCUCCUGCAGAAAUGGAGCUGAGACUCACUGUGGAGAGCUCUGAAACCCGUUGGAGCAGCCGAGGAGCAUCGUGACGGCAGCUGAGGCUUCUACAUGAACCUCUUAGACGGGUGGAACUGCUGAUUUCUGUAAACAUAGAACCAGAACAGAGCUUUUUUCAUGCCGCCUCUGGCCUUUGCUGAGUCAGGCACUCCGGGCCUGCAGACAUCAUGUGGAACAGAGUUGUGAGGUAGUCUCUGUGUCGACCUUUGAAGCCAUGCAGCUAAAAUAAAGUUCAUGUCUCAGUGA